GGCCGGGAGAAGGCAGAAAUCCCGGCAAGGCGAAUGCGUAUGGUGGGAUAGCGCGUGCGCCGAGAUCUGUACGGAGUCCGGAGAGUGCGGCGGGGCGGUUUGGGGUGUGCGGUGUUCGGAGUGGCGUUCUGAGGGAGAAGGAAGGAUAAACUGAGCGGGAAUGGUGCGGGACGGCCCCGGGAUUCAGCACGGCCUGUGAGAGACAUGCUGCCCGGGGCCCCGGACCCCCCGGGUUGGUGGAGGGGGAGGCAGCCGGGCCCCGGGCUGUGCUGUCCGUCCCUUCUACUGCUGCUCAUUGUCUUCCCGACUCUACUGACCGGCAGCGAGGCCCAGCCUGGAGGAGCGACCACCGAACCCGGCCUGAACGUCUACAUGAGUGUGGAGGAGGUGGGCCGCCUGAUCGGCUUGGAUGCUGAACUUUAUUAUGUCCGGAAUGAUAUCAUAAAUCACUAUGCUUUAUCAUUUAAUCUGCUCAUUCCUACUGAGACAAGCAAGCUCCAUUUUAGCUGGCACUCUAAAUCUAAGGUGGAAUAUAAAUUGGGGUUUCAUGUGGACAAUCCCAUAGCCAUGGAAACACCACAGAUCAAUAUCUCCAUGCAAGGGGAUGUCCCACAGUCUUUAUCAGUGUUUAGAGUGGAUCUUUUCUGCUCGGGCAAAAUGGACACUGAAGUCAUGUUGGUCAUGCAGCUCAACGUAACAAUCAGCCCAGCCAAAAACAUCACAGUCCUCAAUUUUAAGAGGAGGAAAAUGUGCUUCAGGAAAGUUGAACCAGAACUCAAACCCCCAUUGUCUCCUGACAGGAACAGCACAAGAAUUCACUUUGAUCCUGUUAAUGUAGCUCCAACCACCUCAACCCGUGUAUUCUACAUCAGCGUUGGUGUCUGCUGUGCGGUCAUUUUCUUAGUGGCCAUUAUACUGGCUGUGCUGCACCUUCACAGCAUGAAAAGAGUAGAGCUGGAUGACAGCAUAAGUGAGAGCAGCAGCUCCCAGGGACUCUCUCAGCCUUCUACACAGACAACACAAUACCUGCGAGCAGACACCCCUAACAACGCCACACCUGUCACCAGCUCCUCAGGUUAUCCAACGCUGCGGAUCGAGAAGAACGACCUGAAAAGUGUUACUCUUCAAGAGGCAAAGGCCAAGGUCAAGGACAUUGCUAUUUCCCGAGAGAGAGUGACACUCAAAGAUGUCCUUCAAGAAGGUACAUUUGGUCGAAUCUUCCAUGGUGUCCUAAUAGACGAUAAGGAUCCCAGCAAAGAGAAGCCAGUGUUUGUAAAAACUUUGAAAGAUCAAUCUUCUGAGGUACAAAUCACCAUGAUGCUGACUGAAAGCUGCAAACUGAGAGGCCUACACCACCGGAACCUGCUCCCCGUUGGGCACGUCUGUAUAGAGGAUGGGGAAAAGCCAAUAGUACUGCUGCCUUACAUGAACUGGGGCAAUCUGAAGCUCUUCCUGAGACAGUGCAAGUUGGUGGAAGCCAAUAACCCACAGGCAAUUUCCCAGCAAGAUCUUGUGCAUAUGGCAAUUCAGAUAGCCUGUGGGAUGAGUUACUUGGCCAGACGAGAAGUUAUCCAUAAAGACCUUGCUGCUAGGAAUUGUGUGAUUGAUGAGUCUCUUCAAGUGAAGAUUACAGAUAACGCACUAUCCCGUGAUCUCUUCCCUAUGGAUUACCAUUGUCUUGGAGACAAUGAAAACCGUCCGGUACGAUGGAUGUCUCUUGAAAGUUUGGUUAACAAGGAAUUCUCCAGUGCUGGUGAUGUGUGGGCAUUUGGCGUAACAUUGUGGGAGCUGAUGACACUGGGCCAGACUCCUUAUGUUGAUAUUGAUCCUUUUGAAAUGGCUGCUUACCUUAAGGACGGAUACAGAAUUGCUCAGCCAAUCAACUGUCCUGAUGAACUGUUUGCAGUUAUGGCAUGUUGUUGGGCUCUGGAUCCAGAAGAAAGACCGAAGUUUCAACAGCUGGUGCAAUGUCUAACUGAAUUCCACUCAGCGCUUGGUGCCUAUGUCUGAGACCAGCCUGAUGAUUGCUGGAAAUAUCACACAGCAUGGACUAGACUGACAUCCUCCUGUAUAAAGCUCUCACAGCACAGUGCCUUAGGGAUCAUAUGUUAACCUUCAGUUUUGAAACUUUACCUGUAAGAUACUUUUUAUAUCCAGUAUUUUUUUAGCUAUUAGAUUUUGUUUUUUCCUGGAACAUGUCGGGAGUAAACACUACACCAUGAAACACAAUAUAGCUUUUGUUCCAGGAGCAACACACAUUAUUUUUCGACAAGGGACAUUCUUGAUGCUAUACAGACAUUUGUACUUUAUAAAUAAUGGACUUUUUAAACUAUCUCCUUUGUUACUUUUUUAAUAUAUAGGACUGUGUAUUUUAUUUUUUAUUUUAAAUAUUUGUUAUGUUUUGAUGUCUUUUAAGAUGCAUUGUUCCUUUUGUAAAAGGGUGAAAAGAUAAGUUAUAACACUUGACAAUGCCUCGUCAUGUAUACUUAUUUACAUUUUGUGACGCAGCAGUUCACUUUGUACAGAAAAGUUAUAUUUUCAUGUUCUGCUCACACAGCAUUGCUAUUUCAGAUGCAAGGUACACUCUGCUCUUACAAAGACCUGGAAUAAGUCUGGUUUUUGUAGCAGCAAUAUGGAUAUGGUACAUUCUGGUUAGCAUGUGUGCUUGAUGAGUUAUUUCAUUUUAUGAAGUGCCAACACUAAAUAUUGGUUAUCGUUGCUCUCAAAGACUGACCUACCUGUCAGUGGAUGUUUAUAGGAGCAACAUUUUUUCAUUGUGUUGCUAACCUUGUACAGCUAUUGGGAUUGUACAGUUGGAACCACAGUGGUGGUGCACUUUUAUAGCGAGGUCCCAUUCAUUGUCAUUGGAAAUGUGGUAGUAAAUAAUCCAGAUCCAAAAUUCAGCCAUUCUUAUUGGAAACUGGGUGAAAUAUACAGUAAGUUUCUGCAGCAUACUGUCAGCUUGCCUCAGUUGCAUUGCUGCUAUUCAGUUUUCCUUGCAGUGCAUCCAAUAAUGUGGUCUCUUAAGCCUAGUACACAUUAUAUUUUUUUUUUAUUUUUUUACAAACCAGCAGUUGACUUUUAUGGUAGGAAAGAUCACCAGUGGCAGCCUCCACGUUUCCUUUUAUGAUGGGAAUUUCUUUUAAAAUGUGUGCUGUUAUUCCCUUGAUGGAGCCCAUGGCAACGCUUAUCUUCUUGUCUUGCUUUUUUUGUUGGAGUACAACCAAGGGGACCAGUUCCAAAAAUUGCAAGGGUAGGCGACCAGUCAAGUACACUACAGAAACUUUUGUCAGGUGAUAUGUUGCACCUGUAGAUUUUCAGCAGCAUGGAGAAACAAUAAAGCUUACACAGCAAGUGCAAAAAAGUGAUUGUUUGAAGUGCAAUAACCCACAGCAGCCAAUCAGAAACUGCCUCUUAGUUAAAAAAUAAAAAUAAGCUGUUUGCUGUACUUGUUCCAUUCCAUAUAGCACCACCUUGUUUACGUAAUUUCUCAUGUGGGAAAAUUCUUGGUAAAGGAAUUGCCACUGACAGGAAUCUGUUAGAAAAGGCUAUGGGAGCUGACGUGCUUUUAAAAGUGCGUACCUGGAGGCUGUCGUCCUGAAAGCAAAGUUCAUCUUUUGGAACAUGGUACAUGUUACACCUGUAUUUAGGGCAUGUAUGUCCAACCUGUGGCCCUGCAGCUGUUGCAUAACUAGAAGUCCCAUCAUGCCUCUGGGGAUUUAUGCAUUCUAAAUUUCAGCCUUGCAAUGCCUCAUGGGUCCUGUAGUUCCGCAACACCUAGAUGGCCACAGGUUGGAGACCCAUGAUUUAGAGUAUAACAUGCAACUUGUUCCAGCGAUCUUUAAAUGAGGAGACUAUAAGGCCCGACUUCCCCUGCGGCAGACAGACUUGUGGAUCUCCAUGGACUGGUGAGCACUCUAGUAUUCUGCUGACCACUUUUGCCUGCUUUCUAACAGUCCGUAUGGAGGUACAAGCAGAAAGCUAGAAGGCAUGUCUUCAGGAGCUUGACAUUGCACCACUAAUCCACCGCAAUGCUUUGCAGGCUUCUGUGGAAAUAAAAAAUGCUAAUUUUUUUUCCUGCAAAAAUAUGUGCAUUUAUUUUUCCUGUCUAGUCACAAAGCUAGAACAAGCAUGUUCCAAAGGCAGAUAUAUUCCUGCUCUGACUGGUUCAUUUUUUGAUUAUAAAUUUUCGCAUUGCCACUGCUCCUUAUUUGAAUAUGCCUGUAAAUAUCACUUAGGAGUUCAAUGAUGAAUGCCUUCACAAAGUAAAAUGGCUUCUAUUACUAAUCAAGAUCUUUUAUCUUGCCAAGAUUAUGGAUAACCCCCAUUAUGUUAGACACUCUUAGGAAAACUGAACAACUAUGUUCUUUGUCUUAAAUCGUGAGUAUAAUGGAUUGUACAGUUGGUAAUUUUGUUUUCAUCCAGUGGUACAUGAAACCACCCUCCAAUUACAAGUACCAAAUUGGCUGCCAACCAAUUACUUGGCAUAAUACAUGGAAGGCUUCCAAUCCAGUUUUACGAGUGUUAUGUUGAAUGAGAGAUUCUGAACAUUAGCGUGUGGGAAAGAUAUACAUUUCAUAGGACCGUGUAUAUAUUUUAAAUAAAAAAACUUUUUACAAAA